AAGGUAUGAAAUUUUAGUGCAAAAAAAAUUAAAAUUUUCUCAUGUAACUAUUUUGAGUGAGUUCUUGUUUCUCUUUGCAUGAAUUUAUGUGUUUCGGGAUUCAUUUUUCAUUGAAAAAUUAAUCUAAAAUAGUUGUUUAUUCAAUCACUUAGAUUAAAUAGUGUCAAUAGAUGUAUAUAAUAUAUAUAGUUUAAUGUAUAAUUUAUGCUUAUGAUUAGAAAAAGUUAACAGUGAAUUCGACUGGCUAUGUAUGAAAAUUCCUUUUUUUAUUGACAAUAUGAUGUUUCUUUUAAGUUUCUUUUUCCUACCCUUUAUUUAUUAGGCUUUGAAGUUUCAAUGUUUACAUGUAUUUUUGUAGUUGAGUAGUAUAUGAAGGGUCUUUUGUUGGAGUACUUUGGUUCUUUAAUGAAUAAAAUUCUAGUGCAAAAGAUAGACAAUGCAAAUGCAAGAUAAAGUUGCGUACAAUAAAUUCUUAGUUCGGCCCUUCUCUGAACCCGUAUAGCGGAUGCUUUAGAGGACUGAGCUGUACUUCAUUUUUUAUUGACAAUAUGAUUUUUUGAAGUUUUUUGUUCCUACCCUUUGUUUAUUAUGCUUAAAAGUUUCAAUCUUUACAUGUGUUUUUGUUGUUAGUAGUAGUAGUAGAAAGAAAGAAACUUGGACAAUUGGCACAUAACCAAAUAGUUCCCCUGCUACUGUCACCAACUUGGCUUCUUCUUGCCUCUUAUAAUUUUGUUCACAUCAUAACUUACAUUAAAAUCAAAUUUUGUAAUUAUUGUCUGAAAGUAUAUAAAGGGACUUUUGUUGUUGUACUUUGGGGCUUUAAGGUAUGAAAUUUUAACGCAAAAGGUGGACUAUGGAAGUGUUGCUAAUGUAACUCUCUUGAGUGUGCCUUUUUCUGAAGGGGUUCGGUGAAAAAUUACAUUAUUUAUUUUUUAUAUUUUGAAUUUUUGAGAUAAAAAUCCCGACUCUGCCACCGUUUGUUAUGCAUUUAUGAUUUUUAGGGUUCAUUUUUCAUUGACAAUGUUAUGUUUUUUUGAGUUCAUCUAUCCUGACUCUGCCACCUUUUAUGUAUUAUGCUUUAAAGUUUUAAUCUUUACUUGUAAUUUUGUAGUUAUUAGUAGUAGAAAGAAAGAAACUUGGACAACUGGCACAUAACCAAAUGGUUCCCCUGCUCUUGCCACCACCUUUGUCUCCUUCUUGCCUCUUCCUUCUACAAUUGUUUCCCAUCAUCAUAACUGACAUAAAAAAAAAAUCAAAUUUUUGUAUUUAUUUAUCAUCUUAAAUAGAAAAAGUAUUUUUUUUGUUGAGAGUACUUUUGGGCUUUAAGGUGUGGAAAUUUUAGUGGACAAUACACACUGAAAGUUUUAACUCUAUUGUGUGAGUGAGUCCUUGGUUCUCUUUGCAUGCAUAUAUGUUUUUGAGGGUUCAUUUUUUGUUGGAAAUAUGAUGUUUCUUUAGUUUCUUUAUCCUACCCUUUAUUUAUUAUGCUUUAAAGUUUCAAUCGUUACAUGUAUCUCGUUUCACUUUAGUAGAAAAAAGAAAGUCUUAUCCCUCUCCUUAUAUAUAUAUAUUAUUAGAUGAGUAUACUUCUGUGGGAACGUUGAGGAAGUGGAAGUUUAAGGUUUUUUUCUUGUUUGAUGGACUGAAAUGGGAUUUAGUGUUUGCGUAGUGUAUUUCGUUUUAGCUUUUUAUUUAUUAGCAGAAAUGUCACUGAGAAAUAAGUCGUAGACAAUCUUGAAAUGAUUGAAGCAAAGAAAGAAAAGAUUAUGUUUUUAUCCGUUGUUAUUGUAACUGGCAGAAGGAAAGCCUUGGAGGGACGGUAAAGUUGUCAACUAGGUCACAGAGACAGGGUUCUAGCCAUGAAUCCGCCACUGACCCUCGUGUUAGAGUAAGUUGCCUAUGUCAUGUACCCGUAGUUUGUGGUCCCUCUCUGGACCCUGCAUGAAAGCUUGCUGCUUCGCGUGUCCUUUGUGUUAUUAGAUAUGGUUAUCGUGGAGGGUGAUUGUUUUAUACCUCUUGUUUGUUUAUGUUGUUAAUUCAUUUUGUUUGGUUGUGGUUUCAAAAUUUUUAGUAAGUUGAUGUACUUCUACUCACUAUUUGCAUUUGGAUAGUCUUGAAAGAAUAGAACCAUUUUGACCGUAUUGUCAUGUUAAUUUGUGUUGAUAGUUUUGUUUUCUAGAGAGGAGUCCUAUAUAACGUUAAUUUCAUCCCUUUAAUAAAGCACAAUCUACGGCGGAGCCACCUUUGUAAAGGUCCUAGAAAAUUACAGUGCGUAGAUACAUGAUUCUUUUUGUGUGUGUGUAUACCCAUGUUUUCUUCAUGUAUGUACUUUUUUAUAUUUUGACUUCUCUCGGUGAAAAUCCUGGCAUAACUUGGUACCAAUAGAUGGAAUUUUGAUUUGUAAAAUGUGUGUCUUGUGCUGCAGGACUGCUUUUGAAUGCCUAUGUAAAAUUGCUACUUAGACAUAUGGGCUUAGUCUAUUCAUAACUGAGUUAACUAUUUCUUUUUUGGAGAAUUUAAAGAGAGUGAAUCUUGUCAAAAGAAUUCCUUGAUGGGGGGUGUUUGUUCAUGUAAAAGAGACCACUAUGCUGAUGAGAACAUAACUAGAAGAGGCUUCUCCAGUAGAUAUUUCAAAUUUGGGAGCUCAAAAUGGCUCGAGUCCUCCCUUUUUCUGCCUGCCUCGUGUUGUCAAUUUCAACUAAGCAGUUGUCCGUCCCUCCUUGAGUUAUGCAUUCAUAAAAUAUGUGAGGACAUCACCAAAUAUCAUUCAUUUUCGAUGCUCCCAAGGGACAUUAGCCAGUUGAUAUUCAACCAUCUGGUGGAUUCAUGCAGCCUUUCUGAUAACUGUAUUGACGCUUUCAGAGGUUGCGCCCUACAGGAUAUGUGCAUGGGAGAAUGUACAAGAGUAAAUGAUAAAUGGAUGGACGUUAUAUCUUCGCAAGGAUCAUCAUUAUUGUCUGCAUAUAUCUCUAGCACUGAGGUUACAGAUUUUGGUUUAAGCCUCUUAAGGAAUUGCUCAAACCUCCAAGCUUUAGGAUUGGAUUGCUGCGACAAAAUUUCUGCCCGUGGCAUUGAGCAUAUCGGUGGUUUUACACAUUUGACAUACUUGGGUUUUAGAAAAUGCUGUGGGCUUAGUGCUGAAGCAAUGAAAAGUUUGUCCGGCUUAAUGAAACUUGUUAAGUUGGAAUUUGAGCGAUGUCCUCUAAUUCAUGGAGGUUUUGUUCAUCUUGAAGGUUUGACGAAUCUUGAAUCUCUCACUUUAAGAAGCUGCAAGUGUAUUACAGAUUCGGACUUGAAGCCUCUUGCAGGGCUUGUGAAUUUGAAGGAACUUCAGAUUUCAUGUAACGACAUAACAAAUGUUGGUGUGUCUUAUUUGAGAGAUUUGUACAACCUCGUCGUGCUAAACUUAGAAGGGUCGUCUGAAGUUACUGCUGCAUGUUUGGAUUACCUCACAGCUCUUACUUCACUGAAGUCACUAAAUGUCAAUAGAUGUCACCUAUCAGAUGAUGGAUGUGAGAAGUUUUCAGCACUCAGCAGUUUGAAAGAGUUGAAUCUGGGAUUCAACAAUAUCUCUGAUACAUGUUUGGGACAGCUAAACGGGAUGACAAAGUUGGAAGGCCUCUACUUGGAUUCUUGUAGGAUCAGCAACGACGGUCUUGCUCAUUUAGCUGGUCUUUCAAACUUGAAAGCUUUGGAGCUGUCUGAUACUGAAGUUGGAAGCAAUGGAAUAUUUCAACUCUCUGGGUUGACAAAAUUGGAGGAUCUCAAUCUCUCGUUCACCUCAGUAACUGACAGUGGUUUGAUAAAGUUAUGUGGAUUGACUUCUCUGAGGUCACUUAACCUUGAUGCUCGUCAAAUUACAAACUCAGGCCUUGCAGUUCUCACCAGUUUAACUGGAUUGACUCAUCUGGAUCUUUUUGGUGCUCAGAUCACGGAUUCCGGGACAAAGUAUCUGUCAUAUUUCAAAAACCUGCAAUCUCUUGACCUCUGUGGUGGUCGGUUGACGGAUGCUGGCGUCAACAACAUAAAGGAUCUUACUUGUCUGAUGUUGCUAAACCUGUCACAAAACAUGAGGCUAUCAGAUACAGCGUUGGAGUUUCUAUCAGGUUUGACAUCAUUGGUUUCUUUGAACAUCUCAAACUCCAGAAUCACCAAUGAUGGCUUGCAGCACCUGAAGCCUCUCAAGAAUUUACGCGCGUUAUACCUGGAAUUUUGUGGGGUGACAGCAUGUGAAAUCAAGAAGCUUCAAGCUACAACCCUUCCUGAUCUUGCGCGAUACCGUCCUAAUCAAUGAUAAUAGUUUAUCCUGGCUAUAAGACUAUAGAUGGACAACUGUUUUGCUGUGUUAAUAGACUGAAUAACAGCAACUGGUUUUUAUCUGCACAUAUACUGAGAGAAAUAGCUUUCUAUUUCUAGCUAUUUUUCUGGUGUUUAAUUACCUCUCUUAAAUCAAGACCUCUUUAUGUGGUUUA